AUGGCGGUGCCAUCGUCUGCUACACCGCGCAGCUUCCUGGACAUCCUGAACGUUUGCGAUAAUUACCGAAUCAACCCAGACGAACCUCUCGCAACCUGGUGCCUCUCCCCCGAGCCAGGUUCUCCUGCCAUUGGGCUGUUGCGCCCAGAAAUCGUCGAGCACUUGAGACGCGAGAACGCACGAGAAGGGCGCUCUCCACCAUGGGUCCUCGAAUUGCGCGGAGGAAAGAUGCAUGUCAGCUUCUCUCCCGAACUACGGAACGCGGCGGCGCGGACGCGUGUCAUGAAGGAGCUUUGCGAGCGGUGGCGCGACGAGGGGCUGUACGCAGACGUGAUCGGCCCGCGCAAGUGGCGGGCCGAGAAGUACCCCGUCUACCGUGACCCGUUCGGGCGACAUGACGCACCAGCACACGACAGCAACGCUAAUAACGACGACGACGAUGGACGGAACUAUGCGUUCAUGAUGGAGCGCGCUGCGUGUGCGCUCUUCGGCGUCGUGACCUACGGCGUGCACAUGACUAUCUACGAGGAGGACCGGGACGAGGACGGCCUCCCGACGUCCUGCCGCGUGUGGGUCUCGAAGCGCGCGAGGACCAAGCAGACGUGGCCGGGCUAUCUGGACAACACCGUCGCGGGCGGUAUUCCCUCCGGCCUCGGGGUGUUUGAGAGCCUCGUCAAGGAGUCGAUGGAAGAGGCGAGUCUCGCGGAAGGGGGUAUACAAAGGCAUGCGCGUGCCCUCGACAGCGUCAGCUAUUUCUUUAGGACCGGGGCUGGCUGGCUGCAGCCAGAGGUCACGUACGCUUAUGACCUGCGUGUGCCUUCGGGUGCAGAGCGGGACGCCUACAAGCCCAAGCCCCUCGAUGGAGAGGUCGAGUCGUUCGAGCUCCUCCCACUCGAAGAAGUGGUCACUCGCAUUCGUGCAGGCCUGUUCAAGCCAAACACCGCUCCCGUGCUUUUGGACUUCAUGAUCCGCCACGGGUAUCUCACCCCGGAUGAGGAGCCCGACUACCAACAGAUCGUGACCCGACUGCACGGUAGGUUCGACUAUGACAAGUGGUGA